AUAGCGGAGGAUUAUCCGUUGAAUGUGGAGGCUGGUGGGGUACAAGGUGUUAAAUCAAACAUCAGGAUUAGCAUUGACCUGACCAGACCAGUCAGUAGCACUGUGAUGCUGGUGGUGGUGGUGGGGGGGGGGGAGUUGUUUGCCAGCAGUAAAGAUGGCCGCCGUGUGAGCCAUCGAUGAGUCACCGGAGGAGUUGCCAACACUCGCUGUUUCACCCGGAAAUACACACGUGGAAGUCAACGGAGGGGGCGGGGAAGCACCGGGGGCGGUGAGUGAGGCACUCGGAGAGACCGGACAAGGGAGGCAAAGAUGAUUGCAGAAGGCAACUCGUUUGUGAAAGGUGUUAUGUUUGGUGGACUGUUCUGUUUAGUAAUCACCCUUUUUGGCAAUACCAGAAUGUACGGAGAUUUGCCAAACCAUCAACACCACCACCUACAAGUUCCCAAUAAGGAGGAACUUCUGUCUCUACCAGAGGCAAAGCGUAUAGAGCUAAGCCAGAGCAUUCGUGUUUUAUGCUUAGUCAUGGUUCAACCAAAAGAAAUUGGUUAUUGGGCUGCUGUAAGAGAUACGUGGACUAAACAUUGUGACAAGGCUGUUUUUUAUAGCCCAGAAUCCAUUAAAAUCUUCCCAUCAGUCAAUUUAGAAACAGAAAACAAAUGGAUAAUGACCAGGAAAGCUGUCAAACAUGCAUAUGAAAACUAUAAAGGUGAUUUCAACUGGAUCUUCUUAGUUGAUUCAACUACGUUCGCAAUAAUUGAAAAUCUUAAAUUCUUUGUAUUAAAUAAAGACCCAGCCCAGCCUUUCUAUAUUGGUCAUACUGUAAAAUCUGGUGACUUGCAGUACGUUGAAUUUUCAGCUGGGAUUGUCCUGAGUAUUGAAGCAUUUGAAAGGCUUCAUGAAGUUCUUGAUGAUCCUGUGAAAUGCCCAGAACAGGAAGGUUUAUUAUGGAAGACGUCCGAAGAUAAAGGACUAGCUGAAUGCUUAAAAUACACUGGAGUCUUUGCUGAAAAUGCAGAAGAUGCUGAAGGAAAAGAAUUAUUUAAUACAAAGUCUGUAAGCACCCUUGUCACCGAGGCAAUGUCUAAUCGUCCAAACCAAGUUGUGGAAGGAUGCUGCUCUGAUGUUGCUGUUACUUUUCGUACCGAUUCCCCGAAUCAUAUGCACUUCAUGAUGUAUGGUGUUUACAGACUACGACCUUACGGACAUAUCUUCAAUGAUGCACUGAUUUUCAUGCCACCUAAAGAUUCUAUCAAUGAUUAAAUACCAUUGAUAUUUACUAUAGAGUCAUUCCAGACUGUGUUAACUGUGAAUACCAUGAUGGCAAACAGAUAACUUGUCCAUUCAGUAGUUCAAUUUGAAAAACCUCAAAAGAAACACUGUUUUUAGAUGAACACCACCCUUCAAUGUGGUCAAUCUCAAAGGCUAGUUGGUAUAUAUUGUAUAUAAUAAUAAUGUAGGAUUUGAUUGAGUUGCAGAACAGGUAUGGGUAUCUGCAACUUACUGUGCUUUCCCGGCCUCAACAGUACUGAAUACCUAAAGUAGAAUUUCCCCUCAUGUAAGUGAGCACAAAAUCUUAGCACAAAUGUCUAUUUUAAGUGGAAAGGGAUGUACUGAACACCGCAUUAUACAAUUAACUUGCAUUUGUCCAUUAUGGGUUGCCUGUUUGUGAAAACACUUUAAUUUCACUCCCAACUUGAAUGGAGGCUGAAAAAGCAUUUCCUACUAUAAUGUUGCAAGUUCUCUUCUAUUUAUACAAUGGAGUAUCUCUAUGAUAUUGUUUUGUUGUUUCCCCAAUUAAAAUAUGCCGAAGCUAAAUUUGAGGGAUUUUCUUUCCAUUUAAUUCUGCUUCAGUGUUGGAAACAACAAUCAGGAAAUUGAAUAAUUUAUCUAAACCUCAGCCUCCAUUCAAGAUGGGAAUCAAGCAUAAUGGUGGCUUUGAUUCAUCCAACUAUCAGUGUAGCUUUUGUACAGUGUAUAACUUUUUAAUGGAAACGCGAUAAAGCUAUUUACACAUCCUUACUUUGAAGUACUCCUUCCAAUAUGUCAGUUGGAGACACCAAUGACUGGUGCUUGCAUGGAAUACCAUUACCUUUAGUUCACCCAUCAAAUUUUCCCCAAAGUAUAAGAUCGUAAUGACUGAUUGCCAAGAUUUGUAAUUUAUUGCCUAAAACAGCGAAGUCACAAAUCUGGAGUCUCAAAAGACAUUGGUUAUUGCAGAAUGUUUAGCAAUUUGGAAGCAUUUUGCUGCAAUUUUAAUUAUCUGACGAAUCAACAAAAGAAAAUCCUGGAUUGGAAGAAUAAUAUAAUUUUUCUUAGGGAACCUUUAUAGAUUUAACUGGAAGUCUGUCUUGAAACAUCAAUGUUAAUUCCACAAUUGAAAACUUUUUUUCUUCUGCAUUUAAACUACUGGAGAACUACUAUUCCAAUCAGAAACAAUGUUUCUUAGGGUUUGGGCUCAUAUAAAAUUCGUGCACUUGUGUAUCAGAAUUUAUAGACAGUGGUAUACAGGGGUCUAUGGUUGUGUAUAUUCAUAAACUCUUGCUUUGGCCUAUCUGAAUCAAUGGGGUUCCUAUCUUGACAAUAUAAUCAUUCCAUUAAGAGAUGUUUUGUAAAAAUCCAGUAUCUUGUUUUAUGUUGGAAAAACUAAACUUCAAUAUUUUCUGUUGGUGAAUAAAAUUUGAUUGUGAACCUUGAAUUAAAAUUGUGAAAUAAAA